UCUAAACUAUGAAUCAAUAUCUUCUCUUUUCUUAUUUUUUCUUUUAUUUUCUUUUUUUUCCUUUUUUUUUUUUUUUAUUACUCUUGGAAUCCAUCAUUUUCUGACGUUUUAGUUGGAUAGCAAGUGGCGUUGCUUGUUUUCCAACGUCCCUUUGCUUCUCUCACAUGCAACUUCAUCUAUCCGCAACAAACAUGGCCUACUACUCUUUCUUCUAAGAGAGAGAUGAUGAAUGGUGAAGGGGCCUCCUCCUAAAUUAAAGCCUGGUUUUCAAGCUUCUCUUCAAGUUUUUAGUGUGAGAAAAUGGGUUUAGAGAGAGAAUAUUUAGACACGGUCCUCGUACCAUUGGGCCUAUUCCUGAUGAUAGGUUACCAUCUUUUGCUGCUCUAUAGAUUCUUAAGGCUUCCCGAGACUACAGUCAUUGGUUAUGAGAACCACAACAAGAAGGCUUGGGUGCAGAGAAUGAUGCAGGGAAAUCCCAAUGAUCCAAGCACUGCUCUGCAAGUCAUCUCCAGCAGCAUCUCGGCAUCAACCUAUCUGGCCUCCCUUUCCAUCGCACUAAGCUCCCUCAUAGGCACAUGGAUAGGCAGCUCCCCCACCACCCCACCCUCUAAACUCUUCAUGAAGGACAUAAUUUAUGGAAACACGAGUGUGGCCACUGCCUCUGUUAAAUACAUAUCGAUCCUCUUUUGCUUCAUGCUUGGGUUCAUGUCAUUUGUGCAGUCAACUCGAUAUUUCCUACAUGCCAGUUUCUUGAUAAGCAGCCCCGACGCAGGGGUGCCCACUUCCUAUGUGGAAAAGGCAGUGAUAAGAGGGAGCAACUUUUGGUCACUUGGCUUGAGGGCACAUUACUUUGCUGCUACAUUGCUGCUGUGGAUUUUUGGGCCAAUACCAAUGCUUGUGGGAUCCAUUUCCAUGGUAAUUGUUCUUCAUUUCCUUGAUACCAACUCCACUCCCUUGCUUCACUACUGUCCUUCUGCAAAGCCACCAAGUAGGCACAUGUCUCGUGCCGUGAGCCCUGGUCUUGACCCCAUGCUUCUGCCACAACUUUGAGGUGGUUUUGGAAGGAUUUGGUCAUCAAAAGGAGGAACACUUCUCUGUCUCUCUGUUUUGAGUGUGCAUGCAAGCGCAACUAUGCAUGAGCAAUGCUGUAAGACAGCUCAUAUGUAUCAACCUCUCUCUCUCUCACUCUCUCUCUCUCUCUGU